UUUAAAAAUCAUCUGACAGCAAACCAAAGUGUAAGGAAUACUUAAUGUUUUUAUUUUUGUUUCUUGCAUCUGAUACAAUGGAAAUAAAUUUUCAUAGAUAAUCUAGUUUAUGCUGUGUAACAAGUUGUAUCCUCCUUUCUCUAUCUUUUAAUGUUAAAUGUCUGAAUUGAUGAUGAUGGAGUCAGUUGAGUCAAUUUCUGACAUUCGUGAUCAAGUGAUCUGCAAGCUUAAACGAAUUAAACCGUAUACAGAAGGUCAAUUAUUAGCCCUUCAUACAAAUACUGAAUUGAGUAACUCACGAGAAUAUGUUGAUAAAUUCAUUAAGGAAUCAUUGGCACUUGAUGAUUGCAAUUUUUACCAAUGUCUCGGGAAAUUAAGCAAAUGGAGAGAAUUGCUGGCUAAAAAUAAAAAUGAUUUGGCUCAAUUAAAGUCCAACUGUGAAGAGGAUCAAAGUAAAGCCUGGCAGCUAAAUAGACGAGUAUUAACAAAAAAAGGACGCUGCUCUGAUAAUAGACAGGUCGAAGGAAAACACACUUUUAAAGAAGCUUCAUUGCAAGAAAAGCGUGUCAAAUCAUUGGAAUCCAAUUUACUCACCCUUAGAGAGACUAUUGUUAAUGAUCACUGCUAUCAUAUGCAAAUGGCCCAAGCAUCUCAGAAGCAUAUUGAGUAUGAGAUUGAGCUUCUUACAAAAGAGCCUGAUAGAAGUCUGAAGAUUCAAAAAAUCAAACCAGUACUUUCAUCUUUAUUUGCAUUCUACCGAAAUUCUGAAAAUGAUGAAGACGGAUUAGUGAGUUUGAUUAAACAGUGGAUUUCCAGAUUGGUUGCUUGCCUUCUUGAAAUAGCGGGUUAUGAGGAAAGAUUAUUUCUACUUAAUCAUGUGUUGAGGUGUCCUGGAGGAAUAUCAUCAUGGGCAGCCGGAUUCGUACAGUGUCCAAGUCCAUUUCACGGCUCCAGUUAUGAUGAAGCGAUCGAAAUUCUCAAUCACUGUAUGAAUAUGAUAUCAACAAUAAUUUCUCCAAUCAGAGCUCGUGAAAAGUUUAUUCAGUGUCCUGCGUCGCCUACUAAAUCUUGUGAAAAUUCAUCUGAGGAAUACUGGCAUCUUGUCGAUGCUGAUGUUGACGAGGGUGAAGACGUUCUUGUAAAUAGAGUAAAUCUUACGGAAUUCGAUGUUAUACAUCUUCUUAAGCAAAUUCCUUUUGAUUCCAUGUUGAAAUUUUUAACAGAAAGACAUAGUUUUAUAAAUGAAUCAGAAAAUGGUAUUGCAUUCGGUGAAUAUUCUGAACUUUCAAUGCUCAAAUUACUCGCAAUUUCCACCAAGAUGGUACAAAUAUUGCGUCAAGGUCUAUCAACCUUCAAUUGUAUGCGUUUCCGAACUUUGACCGAUUAUAUAACAUUGGCGAUAAGAAAAACUGUAAAUUCUGUGUCAAAAUUUUGGCAAGCCUGUAAAGGUUCCUUCAAUCAAGAUGAUGCUCUCGUUUUAAGGCUACAAGUUGAAUAUGACCAUUUCAUUCUUAGAUCCGUUGUCACAAUUUUGAGCUGCCAACGUUUUGGUGUAUGGAAAUUUGUCAGUGUUAUACCAUUUGCAGGUGUUACUGAAUCAAUGAUGUGGCAUAUCGUUUGGGUCUUUUAUAACAAUGGUCGAGAUGAAAUCGAUGAACUUGGAGGAUUAUGUCCAUACUUUAGUGAUUCUUAUUGGAAAAGUAAAUUUAACGAACCAGCAAUGAAAUUUCUCUUCCGAGAGAAACUUCCAUCUCUCUCAUCAACUGAAGCUGAAUGCUUAUUACGCUCUCUUGGAAAUAUGAUAAAAUCAAGGAACAAUGAAGAGAUAGAAUUUGUAAAUACAAUUGCGACUGAAAUGUUUGAAAUAAGUUUCCUAGUACACGAAGUCAACCUCAAAAUGAGUGCCACUUGUAUCCAGGUUCUUUCAGAAUGCAUCGUCCAACAUCCUUUCAUCAUAUCAGCAUUACUAGCAAAGUUGAAAGAAACUAAGCCUGAAAAUGAUCUGAUAAUUGACCUCUUUGUAAAAUUACCUGUCACUUCUUGGUUUCCUGAUGACUCAAUACUCGAGAUUUUACGAACUUGGUUGUGCGAUUAUCCCACUAAAAGCCUAUUCAAUCGUCUAACUCGUGUCUUAUUGAUUAAACUUGAUUACGGUUUUAAUGGAGGUGAACCCAAUUUGAAGCCACCCGUUCAUAGAAACAUUGCUCUCAUCGUUUAUGAUGGUAUCAUUGCACAAACUAAACCUCUCGAGUCUCUUGAUACUCCAAUUAAGUGCACCUUUUCUGGUUUUGAUUUUGAGUCAGCCAUCAAAUGUGCCAAAUCAAAUUCGCUUGCUUCAUAUAUUGAAUGGACCUGGAGAGUAUUUCUGUUGUUUAAGCUUCACGAAAGAGAUUAUCCGAUAGAAUUUUUCAAGCAAGAAGAAAAUCUAAAAGCACCAAAAGAGCCUAACUCAUUUUAUCCGGUUCCAAAUUUGCAAAUAGAUUGUGAAGUUUUUCCCGUAUUUAAAGGAAUGGAAAAUAAGAAUGUUUUUGCCUAUUAUCUUGGCUUAAUGAUGACAGAAAAGGGUCAUAGUGUAUUAACAUUUGAAGAUGACAUUGAGAUAAUUAUCUACCUUUUAAAUUAUAAAUGCUACAUUCCUUGCAUCCGAAUUCUUGAAUGUCUUCUUCCAGUUUAUAAAUCAAAGCUAAAUGAUCUAGCCACAAAUGCCAAAUUUGUUAGCACUUUUUAUCAACUUCUUAUGUUGGAUACAUCUAGAGUGGUCGAUUGUUUGAUUGGUGUGAUAAAAAAACAAAUUGAAGGUGAACGUGACAAGAAAGAACUAACUAUAUUCUGGAUUAAACUGCUCUGUGAAUUAGCUCACCUAGUAUUUCAAAAAUACUCUGCGUCAUGGUUUGUUGCAUCUCCUCGAGGCUUACAACAACUUGUUAAUAUUUUUGAUCAGAUAUCAUCUUUCAUAUUUCUUGAUGAUUUUCUUAUGGAAACUGUCAUUGAUACUUUUGCACAACACAUGCCUGAUCUUCAAAACACUAAACAACCUCAACAAGGAGUGUCUCGUUGGAUCCCAUGGACAUCAAAUAACAAAAAAUGUGAUUGGACGACACCAUUUCAUUACUUCUGGGAAAAAUUUCCAGACAAAAUAUGGUUUGCCUUUUUAGUUGCUCAAGCUGAUUCUUUGAGGAUGGAAAAGAUUUGGGAAUCGAUAGUUAAUGAAUUAAGCACCAACAUUGAUAUGUUUGCAGAUUUUGCAAUCAAAUCAAUUUGCGACAGGUUUUAUCGAACGCCUAUUCCAAUUGCAUUGUUACCAAUUAAUGAAUGGGCCAAAACAAUCAUUGAUUGUCCUCCCUCUCAUCCUCUUUUACCCUUUUUAUGGUUCAAUUUUUUCUCCAACUUUUUUGCCAAUUCGCCAACUGGAGGCUCAUGUGGCUUGCGACUUGUCCCUGAAAAUUUACUUAAACGCCUUAAAACUAAACUCGACGUUCUCAUUGAUUAUCAUCACAAAACUUUGACUGAACCCAGAAAGGAUUUUGCUGCUGGAAUGUCAGAGAAGGAUAAUCAUUUCCAUACAGAAAUGGUAAAGUUUUAUCGAGCUGCUAUUCUGUGGUUACAAGAUUACCACCUUCAUGAUGCUUUUGUUGAUGUUGAUCAUCUAACACCGCAAUAUCAAGUAGAAAUGCUCAAAUUCGUUAUGAAUUCAAUCGAUACAACAUUUAAAUCAUUUGUAGAUGAAUCUAAAAUAGAAGAUCAAGCAGCUUAUUUCGUUAAAUGGUUAUAUGAUUUGAAAAACAUAAAUAAGGACGUGUUUACGGAAAAUAUCUCAAGAGAUGAUCCUAACAACAUUGAUGAAACACUUUCGAGACUGAAAAUUGAGAAAGUUGGACCACCAGAAGAAAAAAUUCCUAAUAUAAUGUUUUAUGAUAUUGAAAGUAUUGAAUUUUUGAAGAGAACUCCAGGAGCUGUUAUGAAAUACUUAAGAGAUAAUAUCAGAACAAUCAUGGAAGAAAAAAGUUAUUUUGACAAUCGUACUCAAAGGCUAUACAAUCUGAGUGUCAGUUUAGUUGAUGCUAUCAACAAUCUGUAUCAAAAUUGUAAAAAAGAGACUCAAUUAAAGCUCCCCUGUGAUAAAGACGGUUAUGAUCCUGAUGGGUGUUCUGGUGUUGCUAUAAUUACUAUUGAGUUUAUGGAGGCAGUUGAAAAUGCUGAGACUGUUAAGAACAUUGAACGUAUUAGAAAUGAUUUUAAUAACUUGGUUACUGAACUUCUGGAGCUUCCGUCAGAUAAAUCAAUUUGCGCCUCAAUCUUUAUUGAAAAAUGUAUUCCUCUCCUCAUGAAUGAUAUGGAUAAAACAUCAUCAGCCGAUCCAUGUGAAAGUCUUUUAAGAUUUUAUCUUACCUGGAUUGAAGAAAAUUCAUCUUUAAAUUUUGCUCCUUCCAAAAACCUGUUCAAUUUACUGAUUGACAGUCUAACUUUUGAUCAAGAAUUACAAAGAGAUAACAACAGUCACUUUUUACUUCAAACUAGUCUAGAUAAACCAAUAAUUAUUGAAUAUUUAGCUCCUCGACUUGCACCUUCUCGAUGUACAAUCAAUUGUUUCUUGUCCAUGUACGAAAUGAUUCAAAAAAACCUUUACAAAACCCCACCACACAUCUUAUUUGUCUUAUUAAGCAAGUUUGAUGUCAGUAACUGGUUGAAAGUUGCUUCAGAUGAGAAAAUCCACCAAUUCUUGAAUCUUUUGAUAAACGCACUUUUCGCCUUUGGCCAAGAUCCUGAUUCAGACAAAACAAUGCUUUUAGGGCUUUACCGAAAACAUUUACAAUACAUGGUUAUUUGUCGAUUCCCUUCAUACCUUCAUCCAGUCAUUCAAAAUUUGCUUAGAGGCAUGGACUCAUUUCUGUUGUAUCCAGGUCUUUGGAACGAUAUUUUGCUCUCUUUCGGUUUCUAUUUACCUGCCAAUAAAACUAAACUAAUCGAUUUGGUAAACGAAAUGCGAAAAUACGCAGAAAGUCAACCAAUAUUUUCAACGUAUGAGUUGCACAACUUGCUCAGCCUAUUCACAAAUCAUUUCAAACAAAUCAAAGAGGAAAAGAUUCGGAUCGAUCUUAUUGAUUAUUUCAGAGCUUACGUUCAACCAUUCAGCAUUGUAUUAUCAACGAUAUCAUUAAUGUGGAUCCACAGCAACAGAAAAGAAGCUGUUGCGUUUGACCAUGUUUGGCCUCCUCUCUACGAAGCAUGGAAACCUUGGUUAAUCUCAUCUGAAAUAAGUCAAACUGUAGACAAGAAAGAUUUUGAUCAAAUUUGGGAUUUAUUCAUUUGUAAUCUUCAAUAUUUAAUGCGUAUCUUCAACGAGAGUAGUUCACUUAUACUUUCAUACAGUUGGAGGGUUCUUGCUGAAUAUUAUUCAUCAAUCAAGGCAUUAAAUCAUGUUGUCUAUUCUGAAGCUAUCCAAAACAAACUCAAAAGUCUACCUUGGAACUAUUAUAUUCCAAGUUCUGAUGAUAUAAAGCUUAUGUACGAAGCCUGUCAACACGAAAAAACACCACCUUUCAUGCUUAUCCGUCAUAUCCUGUGUACAGUCAACUGGAAUUCGUGUGUACAAACAAUUUCAUAUGAAUCUAUACCUCAAUCAAUGGAAUGGCUCGCUUAUUCCAUAAUUUAUGCCAUCGAUAAAUCGGAUAUGCUGGAGUUGACAGAUUUACCAAUUUUCAUGGUUACUUCAGAGCAAGCCAAGUCCAUCUGUCGUCUUCUUAGAUCAAAGUUAAAGAUAACUGCGUUAAUUCAUAACAAAAGUGAUAUGAAUAAGUUUUAUCUUCGAGUUAUUCGAGUUGUCUGUGGAUUAACUUUGAGUGAAGAAAACUUUCGAAGUGGUGCACUAAGAGAAGAUCACAAAAGGAAACAAAUUAUUUAUACCGAAACUAUCACCAAUUUUUUGCUUGAUUCCAUUCGAAAUGACCCGAACAUUCUCAAAGACGAGCCUGAAAAAAUUUCCAUAUUUCUUAAAAAAUGCCUUGAAGAUAUCAUUGGAUCUCUUAAUGAAGGUUCCCAUCACCGUGAAGCAUUGCUUACAACUCUUUUAAAAUUUAUAAAUAGUGUAACAAUUCAUGACCCACAACAUAUUUUACUCAGAAUUAUUUUGGAACUCGUAUCUGAAUCAAAAACAAAUAUAUUGGAAAUGUUGGAUUGCUCUCGUCGAGCCAUCAAGUUUUUCCCACUUUUUAUUUACCUAAGUGAACGAUGUAUCACACUUUAUGCUAUCGCUAAUGGUUCUCUUGAUGAUUUGAUUAAAAUCUAUGGCCUUCCUGAUACUUUUGAUCCUGAUAUUUACAGAAUUUGUGAUCAAACCCAAGCCCAUCUGACUUUAUACGUGAUCUUUCAAUCUGAAAAAUCAUCCAAAAAUAUAAUCCCGCUGUUGGCUGGAAUGCUUGACUGGGCCUGCCAAUUGAAAUCUUUGUUGCACUAUGAGGCCAAAAUACUAGGCCUUUGGUUUAUGCUUAUAAAAGACGUUUGCUAUUACGCCUCCAGCGAUGAAGUGUGUAAUGGUGUGAUAAGUUCUGCAUUGAAACUAUGUAGAACGCAAUCUUACAUGGUUGAUGAAGUUGUCAGUCAAGGAUUCCUAUCUUUUGUUGCCAUGAAAUUCACAAAGAAAACAUUAACACCAAAGUCUGCUUUUUUGAUUGCCGCAAUGUCGAGCUUCUUACUGAAGAGACUUCAAGAAAUCCUUCCAUCUUUUCAUCCUUUGUAUAAUGAAAUUUGUUCAAUGGUUAAAUUAUCUUUGGGUCGACUUCUAUCAAUAAGAAAAAACAAAGAUUUCGUUGAUGUUCAUAGUUUGAAUGAAAAAACUAUUGAAAUGGUUGAAGCGGAGAAAAAAAUUGAUUUAGAGGGAAUUGCUUUGCUAAAGAAUUGGCUAUUCGCAAACUAUUCCGAUGAUCCAGUGUUUCGUUUCAUCCUGACCGAUAAAGAAAUAACUGGCUCUGCAAAUGAACCAGAUGAUAAAAGUAAUCCGAAGAUAGCAACUUAAUGUGAUUAUAACCAUAAAACUCACUAUUUUACUCAUUUUUUUGUUAAAAAUUGUCAAAGAUCUUUUAUAUUAAAUUUGAUAUUUGAUUUCGAAUGUAAAAAUUUCGCUCACAGCGACUUGAAAAUCAUCGUUUUUGGAACAUAGUACAAUUAAUUUAAACGAUAGCAAAUUACAAAUUUCUUUAAGUUUGUACAAUUGCCAUGAUUGACCGCAAAAUGUACUCAAUUUGUAUUUUUCAUUAUAAAAAAUUUCUCAAUCGAAAGAAUUUUAU